UAUAAAAGGAUACCCGUGCCUACCGUCCCAAUAAGGAAAAACAGUUUGCUCGCCAGGCCGGUCCAAGCCGUUGGCGGCAACCAAGUUUUUAUGACACCUUCUUCAGCCACUCUCUCUCUCCGGUCACCUCCCGCCGGGAAUCCUUCCUCCCCAUUUGUACAUAAACACAAGUCAUUUCUUUGUCAAAUUGGAGAGAAUUUACAUUCAAGAAUUUUCCCAUGUUUACAUGUAGUCUACGACAGUCGAUGACCAUCGUACAGUUCAAAACUCUCGCUUCACUCCGUUGACGCUCUCUCUCAAAACCCAACUCAAAAAUGGUAGCACGUUUCAGGCUCUCCAUCGCUUUAAGACGACGCAGAGAUUUUACCAUAAACCCCCUUUUGAGAUCUUUUCGAACCCCUGCACCCACGUCAUGCAAUCUCAAUCUUCAAUCCUGCCAAUAUCACUCAACGAAUAAACCCACAAAUGCCAAAUCAUCGAUACCUCGAAUAAGCGAUGCAGGGUACCAAAACAUGGCAAUGUCGAAUCGGAUGAUUGCAAAACUAAGCAGAGAGGGUCGAAUCGCAGAAGCACGCCGGCUGCUCGAUAAAAUGCCCGACCCAGAUGUGAUCGCGUGGACGAGUGUCAUCUCGGCGCAUAUAAAUCGGGGAAUGGUUAGGGAAGCAAGGGAGUUGUUUGAUAGGGUGGAUGCUAAGAAAAAUGUGGUCACUUGGACUGCCAUGAUAAAUGGGUACUUACGACGAACGAAUGACGUUUCCGAAGCAGAGAAGCUGUUUAAUGAGAUGGCUUACAAGAAUGAGGUUUCUUGGAACACCAUGAUUGAUGGGUACGUGAGAAACGGUCUGAUCGAUUCUGCUUUGAGUCUAUUUGAGAAAAUGCCCGUUAAGAAUGUGGUUUCUUGGAAUACGAUUAUAAACACGUUGGGCCAAUGUGGGAGGAUUGAGGAGGCUAGGAAGCUUUUUGAUUGUAUGCCUAAAAGGGAUGUGAUUUCCUGGACCUCGAUGAUUUCGACUUUGUCGAAGAAUGGGAGGAUUGACGAAGCUCGGGUGGUUUUUGACUCGAUGCCUGAAAGAAAUGUGGUUUCGUGGAAUGCUAUGAUUACGGGUUACGCCCAGAAUUUAAGGUUGGCAGAGGGAUUUGAUUUGUUUGAGAGGAUGCCAGAGAGAGAUGUUCCUUCAUGGAAUGCGAUAAUCACAGGGUUUGUCCAAAACGGAGACUUAGAGCGGGCACAGAAGUUGUUCAACGACAUGCCACAAAAGAAUGUGAUCUCUUGGACAAGCAUGAUUACAGGGUAUGUCCAAGAUGGUCAAAGUGAAGAGGCAUUGAGAAAAUUUUCAAGAAUGCAGGCUGCCGAUGGCGUAAAGCCUAAUCAAGGAACUUUUGUGAGCGUUCUUGGUGCUUGCAGUGAUUUGGCGGGUCUCAGCGAGGGACGUCAAAUUCACCAAGUAAUUUGCAAGACAGUACAUCAAAACGAUGCAUUUGUGGUAUCAGCACUUAUAAAUAUGUACUCAAAGUGUGGGGAGUUGGGUACUGCUGGGAAAAUGUUCAAUGAUGGGUUUUCAAGCCAGAGAGAUUUGGUCUCCUGGAAUGGAAUGAUUGCGGCCUAUGCUCACCACGGAUGUGGUGAUGAGGCAAUCGGUUUAUUCAAAGAAAUGCGCAACCUUGAUAUACAACCGAACGAUGUUACAUAUGUUGGGUUACUUGCAGCAUGCAGCCAUGCUGGUUUGGUUGAUGAUGGGUUAAAGUACUUUGAUGAGCUCACAAGAGACAAUGCCAUACAAAUUAGACAAGAACACUAUGCAUGCUUGGUUGAUCUCUGUGGUAGAGCAGGGAAGCUCAAGGAGGCUUUUGAAUUCAUUCAAAAGCUUCCAACUGAGCCUUCUGCAAAUGUUUGGCGGGCUCUACUUGCCGGAUGUAAUGUUCAUGGCAACACAGAUAUAGGGAAGCUUGCCUCUAUGAAAAUUUUGGACGUGGAGCCAGAAAACGCAUGUACGUAUAUGUCACUGUCUAGCAUAUAUGCUUCAACUGGGAGAUGGAGAGAAGCUGCAAAACUUAGGAUGGAAAUGAAAGACAAGGGAUUGAAGAAGCAACCGGGUUGUAGCUGGAUUGAUGUCGGAAAUAAGGUUCAUGUGUUUGUAGUUGGUGACGAAUCCUAUAGUGAGUCUAGUUUUAUUUUUCCAUUACUUAACGAUCUUCAUGCAAAAAUGGAGGCUGGACAUGUAAUAAAAGUCGAUCAGUUAAUGGAAGAGGAUUUUUCGGUAGGGUAAUUAUUUGACACACACGCUUGAUUGUCUACAAA